GGUAGCAGGGGGUUGUCAAGGGCUGGGAUUUAUUCUUUUUUUGGCCCUUUUUUUUUUUUUUUGGGAGAAACAACGAUGGCUGAUAAAGAAGAAACACCUGCAGUUUCCUUGAAGGAAAUGAAAAAGUUUGAAAAAUGGACAAAGUCUUUACAAUAUAUCACUGGACUUGGAAUGACGGAGGUCGAGAAACAAGAUUUUAAAAAGCGUCUGGAUGUUGAUUUGGAAGAAUACCAAUGUAAUCAAUGUGAAGUGUGGAAAGAUAAUCUUCUCAAGAACAGUCCACCUGUGCGAUUUAUGAUGGAACAAUUGAAAAAGGUGGAUAAACACAUGUCAAAAGACGAAUUUGUCUGCAUGCCUUGCGAUGAGACACGAUCGGGUGGGUUUUCACCCGAGUUUGGUGUAUUGUUAUGUCAAAAUCGAUUAGGAUCCAAGACACAUCAAGAACACACCAUGGUUCAUGAAAUGGUUCAUAUGUACGAUCACCAUAAAUUUAACGUGGAUUGGAAUAAUUUGAAACAUCAAGCAUGCAGUGAAGUUAGAGCGGCCAGUUUAAGUGGAGAUUGUCGUUGGACCAGAGAGAUACAAAGAGGAUUCUUUACUUUUACUAAACAACAUCAAACCUGUGUUAAAAGAAGAGCUGUUCUUUCUGUCAUGCAAAACCCUAAUUGUAAAGAUCAAGAAGAUGCCGAGAGAGCUGUGGCGAGUGUAUUCGAUGCUUGUUUCGCCGAUACAAGACCUUUUGAUGAAAUUUAUUAAAAUGCGCAGUGUUACACACAUAGUGACGCGACUUUUUUUUUUUAUUUCCCCCUUUUUUUUCCAUAUAAAUAAGUAUAUAUAUUUAGAUAUCUCUUGGCCUUUUUUUUUUCUUCUUCUUCUUCUUUAAAUAACAAAAAAAUAAAGAUAUGACUACAGCUACUCCUUAUAGCGUGGAAGGUAUUC